AUGGUAUUUUCUGUCAUCGGGGAUUCCGACAGUUUUGUUCCCAGACCGUGGGCAAAAUCAGUUUUCCAGACCGCAUUGAUUGAGGCGGCUAAAUGUGCAGGUGAUACAUGGAUCCUCUAUCGAGGAAAUGACUAUGGUGUGUCUUCCAUUGUGUGGAGUGCGUACCGAAAGUACGGGGACAUGGAAUUUCGCGACAAGAACCACAGCGUUCCCAUGAACGAUUCAGAGAGACGGGUGAAACUGAUAAGCCUACCUGGAGAAACUGCAUCCCCUGAGACGAACAAGGUUUAUGAUGUUAUGAUGUACCUUGAUAUAAAUACAGACAAGACUGCUUUCUUACUCGACUUUGAAGUAUAUGUGUCUCAACAAGAAGUUCCUUUUCUUAGUCAAACAAUAGACUUAAAGUUGCCUAUUCCAAUCGUCAUCUUGGCAUGUGAAGGCGAUAUACAUACGAUAGAACACAUAGCCAAAGCUCUGAAAAAGAAUAUCCCGGUGAUCAUUAUCAAAGGAUCGGGAAAAGCUGCCGAUCUUAUAUUGGAUUAUAUGGAAAACACAGAACUUCUCAGAAAGAAAGCAAGUGUUCUCUUCGGAAUUCGUUUCGAUGAAAAAACUUUAAAAUUCCUCACAGAGCAAUUAGAAGCUAUCGCCGCGGCAUCUGAUCUGGUUGGUGUAUUUGACGUUAACAGUGAUGAUCCUUUGAAACUGUCAAACAUCAUAGGUGAAGCGAUAGUUAGCUGCUGGGCUACUGCACAAAUUCUAAAAACUACAGGUUUGCUUUCAGAUAAAAAUAUGAAAAGUCAUUCAGAGCUGCAGGCGGUGAGGACAUUGCCCUUUUUACAAAGUAACGGUUAUGUACAAAUCGGUGCAACAGUAUCCGGAGGACAGAUUUGUAAAAGUAAUGCGAUACUGCCAAAGGAGGAGGAAAUAAAUAAAGUAUUUUCGCAACACAGGGAAUCAAGGGCUUAUGUUUUAGACACGAAAUACUCAUCUCCAACCUCCCUACCAUUGUACUUUUAUUUUGAAUACCAGUUUCUGCAAGAGUUAAAAAAACUUAAAGAAUACGGCCAUAUGCUGCUUUUUGAAGCAUUAAUUGCCAACAGAUGUGAUUAUGUUCGAGUUUUACUUGAUCAUGGAGUUGAAUUUAAAUUAUGGAAUUUAUCAGAACUUUAUGAACAGACUCUUUCCUGUAAAGACUGCCAUUUUAAAAAGGAUGACUGUCUACAUACUCAAUGGCUCCUAAAGCAAAUCGAAGAAAAGAAAGCUGAAAAAGUAUGUUUUAGUCAUAGAAAAAUAACAAGGAAAAUACAGAAAAAAGAAAGAAAGAACCAAUUGAAAAAAUUGAUAGCUGAUGAAGGAGAACAGGAAAAAAUUGCUGAAUCUGCAAAAGGAUUAUGCCGGAAAAUUCUUGGGUAUAAAGAAUCAGGGAACAAUGAUAAUGGACCAAAGAAAUGUGUGGAUACCUCUGAUAUUUUACUUUGGGCGAUUUUUGCAAAUCGGAGGGAAAUAGCUGAAAUAUGUUGGCUUCGAACGGAUAACCAUUUGGUAACUGGUCUAGUCUGUGCUGCAGUGCUGCAGAAGUUGUCUAAAAAGGCAAACAACGUGAAAGAACAAAAUCUGGCAACAGAAUUUGCUAAUCAUGCAAAAAUGUUUGAGGACAGAUGUUUGGCAAUAAUGGACGGUAUGUAUGAAGAAGAUGAUAAAAACGCAAUUGACCUUAUGGAUGACGACGUGAAUGUUUGGGGUAUAAAAUCAAGUCCGCUUACCUUUGCCCACGAGAAUUUCAUGUACGACAUUGUAGCCCACACAUGCUCCCAGAAGAACAUGAACAAGCAGUGGUACAACAAUCUGGCUCCGGAUUUAAAACCAUUUCUUAAAUCCGUAUUUCGAAAACCAGCGAAGUUUUUUGCUGCUCCUCUUACAAGAUACAUGUACAAUUAUGUCAUGUUCUUCGUCAUGCUGGUGUUUUACAGUGCUUUUGUUCUGACCAGUAUAGGUGAUGAGUACUAUACAUUGGAUAUAGCCAAAGUCUUCGAAUAUUAUGUUUACUUCUGGGGAGCUGGUGAUCUCAUAGAGGAACUCAUAAAUUGUUUUGGUUGUUUGGAAUCAAAAGGUCGAUCCCACCGCGGUUAUUUUUCUAGACUGAAGAGAUAUCUAUAUGACUUCUGGAAUUUGGUAGAUCUUCUGUCCUAUGCUUUACUGAUCACAGCGUUGUUUGUACGCCAUUUCCACCCGUCCACCAAUUUUACUGUAGCAAGGAGAAUGUUUUCGCUUUCUCUUCUUGUUAUGUACCUGAGGUUUCUCGAGGUUUUUCUAGUACACAGAAAAAUGGGACCAACUCUGAUCAUGAUUAAAGAAAUGCUGAAAGAUCUUCUCUACUUUCUUGGGCUCGCGGUAUUUGUUGUACUUGGUGUGGGAAUGUACUACCAUGCUAACUUAUGGCCAGAUCACCCAACUAUUUGGAGUGGAAACUGGAUUAACUGGAGGAUUUGGACGAUAAUCUAUUAUCCCUAUUGGCAGUUAUACGGGGAAAUUAAUAACGAAGUGUUGGAAGGGGAGGAACUCUCAGGCUGUACAAACGAUACAAAUAUUUGGAAGACAGACACUUCUAUUAAUCGCUGCCCCCAGGAGGACUGGACCGUAACUGCUGUAGCAGCUAUAUACAUGCUGUUCUCAAACCUGCUUUUGGUGAAUCUUGUCAUCGCCAUGUUUAGUUACACAUUUGAAAGAGUUCAGGAAAAUUCUGAAAAACUCUGGAGAUUUCACCGAUGUACGGUUAUCAAUGAUUACGAGCAAAGGUUACCUUCCCCGUUCAAUCUUUUAACUCUUCCUUACCGAUUGGCUUGCUGUCCGAGAAGAAAAGGGGGGUGUAGGAACAAACUUAGAGGUAUCUAA